AUGGACGACCCACAAGAGCCCCUGAUCCCCGAAGAAAGCCGCCAAGAUGAUGCUGCAGGAGGCGGCAGCGUGCUGAGACGCAAAGCAGCAGACCAGCCCGAGCUAGGCACCUUUGUCCUGCUCCUGACGCUCGCGGCUGGUAUCAGCGGCUUACUUUUUGGAUACGACACUGGCGUCAUUUCCGCGACCCUCGUCUCCAUCGGCACGGCGCUGUCCGGCCGACCGCUCUCGUCGCUCGACAAGUCCAUCAUCACAUCCGCGACCGCCCUUUUCGCGCUGAUUGCGUCGCCCAUCUCUUCGAUUCUCGCCGACCGGCUCGGGCGAAGACGCGUGAUCCUCUACGCGGACGUGCUGUUUGUCGCCGGCGCGUUGCUGCAGGCGGCAAGCUCGACGGUAUCGCUCAUGGCCGUUGGGCGGUGCAUGGUCGGCGCGGGCGUCGGCGCCGCGAGCUUUGUCGUGCCGCUGUACAUUGCCGAGGUCGCUCCGGCGCAGCACCGCGGACGGCUUGUCACGACGAAUGUCAUGCUCAUCACCGCCGGUCAGGUGGUGGCGUACGUUGUCGGCUGGCUCUUUGCGACGUAUGCCGAGGCCGGGACAGGGUGGCGAUGGAUGGUCGGCCUGGGUGCCGUGCCGGCGGUGGUGCAGGCGGCGCUGAUUGGGUUCAUGCCGGAGACGCCGCGCUGGCUCGUCAAGGCGGGCGAGUCGGGAGCAGCCCGGAGUGUGGUUCUGCAGACGCAAGGCGCCGCCGAGGCUGGGGCUGGAGAGCACGUGGAUGCGAUUAUUAAAAACAUUGAAGUUGAAAUACGGGCGGAGCAAGAAGCACGCAGACUUGGAGGAAUGCGACAGUCAAAGGUGCCGAGCUGGCUGAGCGGCUGGGAAGAGCUGCUUACGGUCGGCCAGAAUAGACGUGCGUUGGCCAUUGCUUGUCUGCUACAAGGUCUACAGCAGCUUAGUGGAUUUAACUCGCUCAUGUAUUUUUCUGCGACGAUAUUCACACUGGUCGGAUUCCGCAGCCCCACGCUUGCCUCUCUCAGCGUAGCCGUGACCAACUUUAUAUUCACCGGCAUCGCGCUGGUACUCAUAGACCGCAUCGGCCGACGCCGUAUACUCUUGUACUCGCUCCCAAUCAUGGUCUGCGGCCUCUUGCUCGCAUCUCUAGGGUUCUCGUUCCUGACCCUCGAUGCGAGCCCUAACGCAUCGCACAACGACGCCGCGCCGCCACCGCCGGGAAGCAGCAGCGACGCGGCCGGUCUAAUCCUACUUAGCAUCAUGCUCUACGUGUCGUCCUACGCGAUCGGUCUCGGCAACGUGCCGUGGAUGCAGAGCGAGCUGUUUCCUACAGCGGUCCGCUCGCUAGGCAGCGGCGCGGCCACGGCCACCAACUGGUCGGCCAACUUUGUCGUCGGGCUGACGUUUCUGCCGCUCAUGGAGCUGCUGACGCCGCCGUGGACGUUUGCGCUGUACGCGAGUGUCUGCGCCGUCGGCGAGGCGCUAGUUUGGCUCGUCUAUCCCGAGACGGCAGGGCUGAGCCUGGAAGAGUCGACGUCGCUGCUGGAGCAUGGAUGGGGCGUGAGGCGAUAG